AUGAAAGAUGAGAAUUCUAGCCUACAGCUUAUAGCAAAAUCUAUUGAAUUUAAGACUGUCACUACGUCUACCACCGAAGCAGAGCUUUUAGCUCUAUCCGAAUGGCGCCGAGUCCUCGAGUCCCUAGGGUUUAAACCCUCUCACAAGCUGUCAAUUGUAUACGACAAUCAGCAGACUAUUGAUCUGCUAAUAAAGGAAGGCGCCACUAUACAUACAAAGCUUCGACAUGUUAAUAUCAAUAGGCUUUGGAUGAAACAGGAAGUGAAUGCUAGCCGCACUAACGUGUAUUAG